CUAUCACUAAAGAGACAAAUGACAACUUGAGUUGCAAAUUGAACCAGAAGCACCUAGUAAGAGGAAUCAUCCCAGAAAACCCAACAUUUGUUGUUCAGUGAAUGGAAAACAUGAAUAAGCAAUUCUUCUUCAUCAACAAGUAUAUAGAGCUAAUUAGAAGUACCCGUCUUUCUCCCCCGACAUCUUCGCGAAGAAAGAAGUAAAAAUCCUGGAAGUCUUCACGCUGAAAAGGAAACAGAUUUCUCGCUGCCUUCGGUUCUCGCUGCCUUGGGUCACAGAUGGAAAGAAAUCACAGAUCACUCCAAGCAGUGAAUGUUGGAGGAUCAUGGUUCGUGUCGUGCGAUUGUAUACUUUACCCGCUUAUAAUGAUGAGAGGACUACAAAUUCCAUUGAAAUGGUCUUCAUGGAUGAACAUGGAACUACGAUGCAUGCCACUGUCCGGAAAAGUUUGGUUGGAACUUUUGAGAAGCGAAUAAAGGAAGGGUAUGUGUAUGUCUUUGCCUAUUUUGGCAUCGGCAUUAGUAGUGGAAAUUAUCGGACCUCUCGACAUGAGUUCAGGCUGAAUUUCCAACCAAGAACCACUGUAACUGCAUGUAGCUGUGAGAGAAUACCUGUGCAUGGUCUUAAGUUGACUACUAUUUCAGAAAUAUUGCAGGCAGACUCAAACUACCCGUAUUUAGUUGACACUAUGGGGGUCCUAACUGCUGUGGGCAAGCAAAAAGAAAUUGUUAAAGAGUCCAAAAAGACAAAGAUGAUUGUGAUUCAGUUAGAAGCGGAUGGCUUCUUUGGGAAACAAUCAUUGGAAAAUGCGAUCAUUGUGAUUCAGUAUGCAAAGGUGAAAACGUAUCAAGUGGAUGAGGACUUUCUUAAACUUACUAAGGCUGCAACAAUAGAUACAUUGAAAGAUUGUAUUGAGGACGGUGAAUAUGCAGUAUACGGUACGAUCAAGGAUGUUGAUUCUGAUUGGUUUAUAACAGUGUGUAGGUGUGGGUCCGAAGUGGUCCCACGCGGUGGAUCCUACUACUGUAAUGAGUGUAAGAGACGAGUGAUGAAUCUGAUCCCAAGGUAUCGAAUCAAGACAAGAGUUGUCGACACCACGGACAGUGCUACUUUCGUAGUACUUGAAAGCGUUGCAUGCUUGCUCCUCCACAAAUCAUGUUCGGAGAUGUUGAAAUAUUCUGAGAAUCUGCCGAGUGGAGACAUAAAACCCGAUGUCUUUAAUAAACUCUUGAUAGAUAAGUCGUAUCUUUUUAAAGUUGAUGUUAGGCAUUCUCAGUUCAAUGACUUUGAUCCUACCUAUAAUGUCAUUGACAUUUGUUUUGAUGAAAGAACAAUCUCGCGAUUCAGGGAAAGGCAUGCAACAUUUUUCUCCGUCCAGAUUGAUGUGACUUUGGGACUUUCAACUGGAGAAAAAUCAUCACAGCAUACCUUCUCCAUGGGCGAGGCAUCAUCAUGUGUCAAGAAUUUGAUUGAAGAUUUUGUGCAAUCAAAGAUAAACAGUUUGAACGACUAGGAGAUGAUAUCACCGACUCUAAUAUUGGCAAAAGAAUCGAAGAGUUUGAAUCUGACUAUGCAGACGAUCAUGAACCGAGCAAGAAGAUGAAGACCAUUAAGAUUGAGAAAAUUUAAGACUAGAAGUAUUAAUUAAAUGGAGUAAUAUUCAGUUUUUGGGAUUAGAUUUACAUGUUAGACAUUUUUUAAUUUAUCAUUUUUGAUGACUUUGGUGUUUGAAAUUAAAACUUUGAAAUUUUC